AUGGUAGGCGCUGAGAAAGACCGCGUGGAGGAACGGGCGCCCCGCCCCGAAGCCGACCAGGCCGUCGACGAAUCGUCUGAUGUCGAUGGUGAUUUUGCUUUUGUGCAAAAAUUGUUGAACCAAAAGAGGAGGGCAGCCAAGGAUAGUCCCGCGCUCCGCCUACAAAAGGCCCUUCCGUUUGUUGGAACUUUUUCACCCAACAUCCGGCCCCUGACAAUCAACGACCUUGCAUCAUGCAUCGAACUCGAGAAUGCUGCCUUAGGACUCUUCCUCACCGUCGUCCCGGAUCGCGCCGCCAACCUUGGUAUCGAGACCUUGCCCACCGCCCGGGCUGUGGAAACCGGCCGCGUCGACGGCGCCGUUAGCGUGUUGCUUGCGCACACCAUCUCGACGCGAUGCCGCGGCGACGUUAUUACCGACGCCGACAUGGGCUACCCUAAGGACUGGCAGAGCAGCGGCGGGCGCGCAACGGGGCAGGAUGUUGGCCACCAGGAAGGGGGAAGGACCGUUGGUGUGCAUUCGCUGGCGGUCCUACCACGCGUUCAGCGUUGUGGUAUUGGUCAGACAAUCAUGAAGGCAUAUCUGGACCAAAUGAAGAAUAGCGGGUUGGUGGACAGGGUGACCUUGAUUUGCCAGGAUCAUCUCCUUUCGUACUACGAACGAACAGGUUUUAAGCAUCUAGGCGAGAGCAAAGUGCAAUUUGGAGGUGGUGGUUGGCACGAUAUGGAGUUUAUCGACAUCAUCCUCUCGCGGACGCAGAGGAGACUGCCGACCCAGAUCAGCAGAAUCCGAGCCUUCUACACCCGCAAGGUCAACACCCCCCGAACAUUCCAACUACCUUUCGCGCCGAAGACUAUGAUCCCGAACACAACGCUGAUCGUCAACCACAGAUUCACCCAAGAAACAUGCAGCGAGAAAUUUGGAGCUAUCGUCUCGAGUUUCCCCAUCCUGACGGAUCAGCACCCUUUCCAUCGCGACUUGAUGAACAUUCUUUAUGAUGCCGAUCAUUUCAAGGUGGCGCUUGGCCAGGUCUCGACGGCCAAGCACCUGAUUGAGACGAUAUCCCGGGACUAUGUCCGCCUCCUGAAGUACUCGCAAAGCUUGUUUCAAUGCAAGCAGCUCAAGAAGGCGGCGCUGGGUCGUAUGGCCACCCUCAUCAAGCGCUUGAAAGACCCCCUCCAAUACCUCGACCAAGUUCGGCAGCACUUGGCUAGGUUGCCUGACAUCAACCCUACAACACGGACGCUUCUAGUUUCCGGGUUCCCGAACGUUGGAAAGAGUUCUUUUGUUCGUUCCGUGACGAGGGCUGAUACCCCUGUGGAGCCGUACGCUUUCUUCGUCGGUCAUCUUGACUAUAAGUACACGAGUUUCUUCAUGCUCAUAACUAAUCGGAGCAGUCUUGACCAUCCUCUCGAGGAGAUGAACACAAUUGAGAUGCAGAGUGUCACCGCCCUUGCCCAUCUGAGGGCGGCGGUUCUUUUCUUCAUCGACAUUAGCGAGCAAUGCGGCUACUCACUCAAGGCCCAGUGUAACUUGUUCAAGUCCAUCAAGCCCCUUUUUGCCAACAAGAUGGUUUUCGUCGUCCUGAACAAGAUGGAUAUCAAGACCUUCGAAGAGUUAGAGCCGGAGAUGCAAGUUGAGCUCCAGGAUCUGACGAAGUCUGGUGACGUAGAGUUGCUUCGCGCUUCGUGCGCGACUCAGGACGGCGUUCAAGAUGUCAAAAAUCUGGUCUGCGAGCGCCUGCUGGCGGAGCGGGUUUCGCAAAAGCUCAAGGCGGGCACGGCGAGCAACGGUGCGCUUGGCUCCCGCCUUACAGAGGUUAUGGCUCGCAUCCACGUUGCGCAGCCCAUGGGUGGCGUAACGAGGGAGACUUUUAUCCCAGAAGCCGUUAAGGGCCUGAAGAAGUACGACAAGACCGACCCAGAGAGAAGGAUGCUGGCGAGGGAUGUCGAGGAGGCCAACGGCGGCGCUGGUGUCUUCAAUGUCGACCUCAAAAAGGACUACCUGCUCGCGGACCCAUCGUGGAAGUACGACAAGAUUCCGGAGAUCUACGAUGGCAAGAACGUUUACGACUACGUCGACCCCGAUAUCGAGUCGAAGCUGGCGGCACUCGAGGAGGAAGAGGAGAGGCUAGAGAAGGAAGGGUUCUACGAGUCGGAUGAGGACCUUGGCGACGAGUCCGAGGAGGAGAUUCUGCAGAAGGCUGAAUACAUCCGCGAGAAGCACAAGCUGAUCCGCAACGAGGCCAAGAUGCGCAAGUCGCUCAAGAACCAGGCCAUAAUCCCCCGCAAGGUGCAAAAGAAGCCCUUCUCUCAGCUUGAGGACCACCUUGACCAGCUCGGCGUGGACACCGAGUCCAUCGGCUUGCGGGCGCGUGCUGAGGUGCAGCCCACGCGCGGGCGGUCGCUCGCACGCAGCCGCACCGGCACUGUUGAUCCCGAUGCCAUGGACAUGGAUCACACGCCGUCGGCCAAGGAGCGCCUCCGCUCGCGCAGCCGCGUCCGCGAUCGCUCGGUGAUGGCGUCCAACCGUCGCGACGACGGUGUGACGGAGGAGACGGCCCGUACCAAGGCCGAGCGCCAGGCUAAGCUCGGCCAACGCAAGAUGAAUCGUAUGGCUCGGCAAGGUGAGGCCGACAGGCACAUUGGUGCGACGAUGCCGAAGCACUUGUUCUCCGGCAAGCGAACCAUCGGCAAGACUGCUCGUCGUUAA